CGGGCCGCAGCCUCCGUCCGGGCUUGCGGCCCCUGCCGGUUACAUAACUCGUUGCGGGCUUCGCGCGGCCUCACUUUUCGGCUGCCUGUGACCCAGGAUGCGCUGAGCCCCACGACGGAGUCCGCUGCCGCGGCUCCUGCCAGAGGUGACAGGUGGGGCUGGCCAGUGAAGGGGUGCGGGCCGCCUCCUGACCGCUGCCUCCCGCCCUGCAGGUGUGAAUGACAGAGGUGGUGCCGUCCAGCGCCCUCAGCGAGGUCAGCCUGCUCCUCUGCCACGAUGACAUAGACAUGAAGCAUCUGUGUGGCGACUGGUUCCCCAUCGAGUACCCAGACUCAUGGUAUCGUGAUAUCACCUCCAAUAAGAAGUUCUUUUCCCUCGCCGCCACCUACCGGGGCGCCAUCGUGGGAAUGAUAGUAGCUGAAAUAAAAAGUAGGACCAAGAUACACAAGGAGGAUGGAGAUAUUCUAGCCUCCAACUUCUCUGUUGACACACAGGUCGCAUACAUUCUGAGUCUGGAAGUUGUCAAGGAGUUCAGGGCAGCACGGCAUUCGGUAGGUUCCCUCUUACUCGAGAGUUUAAAGGAUCACAUAUCAACCACAGCCCAGGACCACUGCAAAGCCAUCUACCUGCACGUCCUCACCACCAACAACACAGCAAUAAACUUCUACGAAACAGAGGACUUUAAGCAGCAUCACUAUAUCCCCUAUACUACUCCAUCCGAGGCGUCCUUCAAAGAUGGCUUCACCUAUGUCCUCUACAUCAAUGGUGGCCACCCUCCCUGGACAAUCCUGGACUACAUUCAGCACCUGGGCUCCGCUCUAGCGAACCUCAGCCCCUGCUCCAUCCCGCACAGGCUCUACCGCCAGGCCCACAGCCUGCUCUGCAGCUUCCUGCCGUGGUCCAGCAUCUCCACCAAGGGUGCCGAGUAUAGCCGGACCAUGUGACGCCGGCUGGGCGGCAUCCGCCAGGCCCCACCCUCCGGCACCCCGCAGGAACCCGCCUUCCUGGCCGUCCGACUUCCGUCCCUCUGCAACAGAGCUG